CGGCGGUCUCUGGUGCGCACGCGCGGAGGUUCCGUGACCGCGGGCCGGGAGCGGCGGCGCCGGGCCCUGCUCGGGGUGCCCAGGAGAAGAUGGUGUGAGGCCAGCUGGGCUGCCCCUCGGAGCCGCUGGUGCCCGGAGCUCAGGGAGGAGCAUGGCCGCAGCUCAGGGAGCGGGAGGCGGCUCAGCCUCGGCCGCGCCCUCGGGCCCGCCCGCUUCUGCCGCGGGGCACGGCGGCGGCUCCACGGCUGUGGCCGUGUGGGAGUGGCAGGAUGAGUUCGGCAGGUGGAGGCCGUACCGAGGCAAUGUCUGCAGCUACAUUGAGCAGGUUAUCCAGGCCUCGCAGCAGAAGGGCCGGCGCUCGGGGUCGGGGCUGGUCAGCAGCAUUCCUUUGGGACACGCCGAUCCCGCCUUGGCUCCCUAUGUCAUCGACAUUCCAAGCCUGACACAGUUCCGGCAGGAUACAGGGACCAUGCGGGCUGUCCGCAGGCACGUCUUCCCGGGGGACUCUGCCGCUGGCCAGGGCGUGGUGUGGGAGUGGCAGAACGACGAGGGCGGCUGGUCCCCGUACGAGAUGAACGUCUGCGUGUUCCUGGAGCAGGCCCGUGCCACCAACCACCAGCGAGUGGAUCUGGGGCCCUUGGGCUACAACUAUGAAGUUGACUUUGUGGCUCAGGUGCAGACCAACAAGAGCACGCGCUUCCGCCGCAGCGUCCAGAGGCGCUUGGACGCCCCGUACCCGGUGACCACCUCCACCACGCCCCUGCACACUGGGGUGGGAUGUUCUUGCCAGCAGUGCUGGCCAAACAGCGGGACUGGCCCCAUCACCACGCGCUACCGACACUCCACAAACUCUCCCAACUCUGCCGCUGCUCACCAGGUUCCCGGGAGGACAGCGUCUGGAAGUUCUUCCAACGUCGGCUUCGUGCCCUAUAACAAACCCGCUUUGACUGGAGCGAGGUCAACACCAAGACUCAAUGCACAGAGCACCUUGGUUUUGGCUCAGACUGGGAGCCUCAGUGCAGCAUUGGCAGCAUCUAAUGGAGUCAGUGCCCAGGCCCUGCCUGUCAAGAUGUCCAAAUCCAGCAGGGUGAGCCAGGCCCUGGCAGCCACACCAACAGAGCCAGAGUCAGUGGUGAAGAAGUACCUGGAGGAGCUGAAGGGAGCUCCUGCUGAUGAGGACUGCAUGAUCUGCAUGGAGAAGCUCUCCUCCCCCUCGGGCUACAGCGACUCGUGCCCCUCCAGCAGCAUCAGGCCAGAGGCUGUGGGACGCCUGAGGAGCUGCCAGCACUCCUUCCACCUGCUCUGCGUGCUGGCCAUGUACUCCAACGGGAACAAGGAUGGCAGUUUGCAGUGUCCCUCCUGUAAAACCAUCUACGGGGAGAAAACCGGUACCCAGCCCAAAGGGAAGAUGGAGAUCUCCACUUUCCCCCAGUCCCUGCCAGGACACAAGGACUGUGGGACAAUCAGGAUUGUGUAUCACAUCAGCAGGGGCAUCCAGGGCCCAGAGCACCCCAACCCUGGGAUGCCAUACACAGCCAGAGGCUUUCCUCGCUAUUGUUACCUGCCAGACAACGAGAAGGGCAGGAAGGUCCUGGAGCUGCUGAAGGUGGCCUGGAAGCGGCGCCUGAUUUUCACAGUGGGCACUUCCAACACCACGGGCGAGAGCAACACGGUGGUGUGGAACGAGAUCCACCACAAGACUGAGAUGGACUCAAACCUCAGUGGCCAUGGCUACCCUGACCCCAACUACCUGGACAAUGUGCUGGCAGAGCUGGCUGCCCAGGGUGUCACUGAGGACUGCCUGGGCCAGUGAGCCUCAGGGGCCACUAGUGCACUUAUUCCUGAUGCCUUAAGCUCCCUGUCUGACCACCCAUCACACUGAGCAAUAACAGUUCUGUGGGAGCCCUGCCUGCUCUUCACAUUUUUUUGGUGGGGGGGUGUGGGGGAGGGAAGGAUAUUUUUGUAGAAGCUGUGCUUGUGUCUCUGGGUGGGAUUGAUGGCUGCAGCCUGGAGCAGCUGGGAUGGGACUGAGGUGACAAAUCCCCUGGGGAAGGCAGGACCUUCCUUUGGGAAUGCCUGGGGACAGGAUGGGAGAGGAGAGUGCCUUGGAAGUCAGACAAGGUCCUCCUUUUGGGACACAUCAGCUCCCUGUCUGAGGCACCUCUUGCCUCCCUCCUGCUGUGUAUCUCUGCUCAGCCCCAAUAAACUCUUCAUUCUCACAGCAAGA